AUCCUCAGCUUACUGAUCCCUUUUUUAUUGAUAGAGGCUUUUCCAGGAAAUUGUCAGUGACUGAGUCAGCCAGGAGAGGUUUGAGCAUUAAAUCAUGAAGCUGCAGAAAAUGUAUCUGCAUCAAAUUCAGACCCUAUCAACGGAGAGUAUCCCAGUGUUGUCUUGGACAGCCUGGAUGUUGGAAAUGGGGGAAAAAAAAAUCCGAAGUUGGGAUGCUGAUCUGGAAGAUGAUGGGUCUUUUUUACGUUAUUGUGGGAUUUCACAAAUCAUGUCUUGACUUUUGAUUCCUGUUAAAAGUUUUUAAGAAAUUUAAUGAUUAUCCUCAAGCGUCUUUCAGAAAACAUCAUCAAAUCAGACAAAAUUAGAACAUCUUAAAUUACCAAACAUCCCAGUGUGGGACCUGCAGCCCAGAGUUUUUUUUUAAAGUGGACUAAUUGAACCUGCCAGCCACCAUCAGGAAUGUUUGGUCCCUGGUUCGCCUCUCAAACCCCCCACUCCUUUGUUCUGUUGGGGGGGAAAUCCUCCAGUGCCAUGUGUGCUGUGGUGGGGGAGGGAGUGGGGGAGGGAGUGGGGUCAUCUGUAACUGACAGCUUCCACAGGGCUAUGAGCUGCCAAGCUGUUAUACCAUGAAUGGGUAUUAGAGAACAUAUGAGGGACGCUCUCAACACUAAUGGAGACAUUUAUGUUCAUGCUCAGUGACCAUUAGACCAAAGGACUUACAGAAGAAUGUAUUUAUAUGUUGCAUCCAAAGAUUCAGACUUGCAUGUAGACCUAUAUUUCCACAGACUUUAGCAAAGUUAUAGAACUAAGGCUGUUUGGUUCCAUUAUUAAUAAACAGUAGAAAACACACCUGGUUACAAUGCUAAUUGCUGGAGCUAAAAUAUUAGUUUAUGCUUGCUAAAUUGAGUUAUGUUUGACAUUUAUUUAGGUUUAACUAAAGAAAUGGGAACAAAUGGUCAUUUUGAGAAAUAGGCUUAAGUUGUUGGAAGAUGGGCUGUCACUUGGCUAAAAAUUUGUCAAAAAAUAUCAAAUUCUAAAUAAAAUGGAGAAUCAUUGCUUGAGAACAAAUGGCCGCUUGCAUGCAAAACAUAAAGAAAUGUCUCUUGGUUUUUGUGCUGCUAAUGAUGUUAUUCAGGAAUGAGGUGAUUUUUUUUUUUUUACAUAAUUACAAACAUUUGUAUUUUUUAAUGCUUUAUUGGAUUGUUGAACCUCGGAUUCAGGAGGAACAGUGUGAUUUUUGUCCUGGCCGUGGAACACUGGACCAGCUCUAUACCUUUAGGAGGGUCCUGGAGGUUGCGUGGGAGUUCACCCAACCAGUCUACAUGUGUUUUGUGGAUUUGGAGAUGACGGUCGACCGCAUCCCAUGGGGGGUCCCUGUGGGGGGUACUCCGGGAGUAUGGGGUACCAGGCCCUUUGAAACGAGCUGUUAUGUCCCUGUAUGACCGGUGUCAGAGCAUUGCUGGCAGUAAGUCAAGCUCAUUUCCAGUGAGAGUUGGACUCCACCAAGGCUGCAUGUUGUCACCAUUUCUGUUCAUAACUUUUAUGGACAGGAUUUCUAGCCACAGCCAAGGUGUGGAGGAGAUCUGAAUUGGUGGCUUGAGGAUCAGGUUUCUGCUUUUUGCAGAUGAUGUGGUCCAGUUGGCUUAAUCAGAACGUGAUCUUCAGCUUUCGCUGGAGCAGUUCGCAGCCGAGUGUGAAGCAGCUGGGAUGAGAAUCAGCUCCUCUAUAUCUGAGACCAUGGUCUUGAGUCGGAAAUGGGUAGAAUGCCUUCUCCGGGUCAGGGAUGAGGUCCUGCCCCAAGUGGAGGAAUUUAAGUAUCUCGGGGUCUUGUUCACAUGUGAAGAAAAACUGUAGCGUGAGAUCAAUAGGCAGAUUGGUGCUGCAUCUGCAGUGUACCGAUCUGUCGUGGUGAAGAGAGAGCUGAGUCAGAAGGCGAAGCUUUUGAUUUACCGUUCGAUCUACGUUCCUACCCUCACCUAUGGUCAUGAGCUUUGGGUAGUGGCCCAAAGAAUGAGAUCGUGGAUACAAGCGGCCAAAAUGAGUUUUCUCCGAAGAGUGGCUGGGCUCUCCCUUAGAGAUAGGGUGAGAAGCUCGGUCAUCCGGAAGGGGCUCGGAGUAGAUCCGCUGCUCCUCCACAUCGAAAGAAGCCAGAUGAGGUGGCUCGGGCAUCUGGUCAGGAUGCCUCCUGGACGCCUCCCUGGUGAGGUUUUCUGGGCACGUCCAACUGGGAGAAGACCUAAGAGAAGACCCAGGACACGCCGAAGUUUCUCGGAUGAUGAGAGAACGCCUUGGGAUUCCCCAGGAGGAGCUGGCCCAAGUGGCAGGGAGAGGGAAGUCUGGGCCUCCCUGCUUAGGCUGCUGCCCCCGCAACCUGCCUCCGGAUAAGCGGCUGAAAAUGGAUGAAAGGAUCUCUGUAAGGAGCUUCCUAAAAAUGCAGCCGGAAAGUUUAAAUCAUUUGGAAGUGUUUUGGGGUGAAAAUCAUAACUUUCACUGUGGGUUCGUCAGCCUGAAGACUAGUUUAUGCCUCUGCAUCAGCUCCACGAGGGAGAGACACACGUGCAUUGACAGAGAAGUUUUGCCCUCAUACUUCUCCGUCUCCUGGGGAGUGUUGCAAAGCAAUUUCCCACUAGAACAACAGAGGGCGUGGCGCUGUUCUGGGGUAUCCUGUCAUGCAACCGGUCCAAGAUAGUUGUGUUUAUAAUGUGUGUGUGUUUUUUUUUGUAUUUCAGAGAUUUUUUAACAGACUAAUUUGUCCCUCAUCCUCUUCAUACGCUCACCACCUCUGAACCCACAUUUCCCAUCAUUUUCAUCCACAAAUAAAACACUUGCUGCGUAUCUUCAUACUCCUCCAGUCACGAGUGAAUAAAAUGUUCAUAUUUUAGAGUCUUUCCACGAGGUAUUGUUCAAGCUGCUCCGUGUGUGCCGCUAGAUAUCGGCUCUAUAUUUUUUUGAGGGUGCAAUGGCAAAUUUAAAGGAAGCGGUGUCCUGAUCAAUCUUAAGCUUGCAUUCUCCAUCUCGUUCAACAGAUGUUUAGAAAAGUGGGUUUGACUCCAUCUAUCCUUGCGAGCCUGUUGGAGUGCCCUCUCAAUGGCGAAUAAAGAUGUUGCAUGUCUCUGUACCGACGCAGAAGCAGAAGCAUAGUCUUAACUGUUAGCACAACAAUCCUAAACUCUCUUUCUUCCAACUGAGGCUAUUCAGGAAACAGUAAGGUGGUCAUUUUUGCAGAAAAAUACUCCUCAAGGUGACUAAAAUAUCUCUUUAACAAUCUUAGCCUCAGUGACUAACAUUAAAAUUAUUUACCUUGUAGGAAUUUCCCCUUUCCUACUACAAAUUGCUAGCCUGGCAAGCCAGACUAAAUGAAUGUAAAUAAAUGUAUGCAAAGCAAGAAUUUGGUCUAGUUCACUAGGCUAACAAAUUGCAACAUUUCCCACAAAAUAUGGAAGCUAACUUCUGUUUGAACACGUCCCUUGGUUUGAUAUCUGUUGCCAGCUUUGGGAGGAAUCUGUGGAGUGUGUAGUCGGUAAGCCUUCUCCCCAGCUACUCUGCUAUCAGGAAAAGUCCACACUAACAAUGGAAAAACACCCGGAAAGUAUCAGCGAUCCCAUCCAGAGGGGCGGACCUCUCUUUACAAGGACUUAUCUUGGAAUUUGCAGGAAAAGGGGAAACUGUGGUUUGCGACUCUUGUGGCUGAAAGUCCAAGCUGAUGGGAAAGUGUGAAGAUGGAAUGUGGCUGGGACGAGAACCAUGAGCACUGUGGAGGAGGAACCGGAUCACAUGAUACCAUGAAGACACGUCUGCAGGUCCUGCGCUGCCAGCUGCUGAGUGUUCUGGCAUUUUUAGCCCUGCCAGGAGGAGUGGUGGUGUCAGCACAGGAGCUGUUCUUCGGCCAGACAUCCCAGGGUUCUGUUAACAUGGCAGCCACCCACAAGAGCCUCCUCUCCCCACCCAAACCUUCCCCAGUUUACUGGCACCAGGAAGGCUCCAGCAGUGGGGAAUGGUCAUCCAAAGGCACACAGCCAUCGGACAUCAUUCUUCCUUCUGCAGGUCUCCCUUUGCUUCACACAGCCCUGGCUCCUCACAUCCAUGACAUAGAAACUGUCACCCCAAACAGCGUUAGCCAUGUGACUCACCCACAGGGGCCCAGGUGGAAUACUGUGAACCAAGGCCUUGUUCAUGCAUUUUUCAGGGUACCUCAAAUCCAAAAUCCAGUUUCUGUUAGCAUUAACCAGGCCAGUGGCAGACCUAAACUUUCCAGCACAGUAUUGCCAAAUAUGUCUGUUUUAUCCAACUCCGGAUCAGACCGAGGGGAAACACUCAUCGCAGAUCACAAAAAGCCGCAGAAACAACCAGGUGAUCCCAAGAAGCCUUCCUCUCUCGCUUCCCGCUCCUCCUCUUCAGUUGAUGUGUAUUCUGCACGAGGCCUGAAACUCAGGGAGCAUGCUGUAGGGUCCCCAGAGCUGCCUGUACACCACACCAUCUCUCUGCGGGAGGUGCAUGCUGUGAACGAAACCCCCACUGCGCAGCUGCUGAUAGAGUCGAAGGACGGGUCUGUUUCUCUGGUUGCCAGCCCAUCGGAAAAUUUUACUUCCACUGUUCCCAACAUGGUCCUAUCAACUGAACCUGACCUCAGUUCACAGAAUUCAACUGACAACCUAACCAACCAAACCGCAGCCAUUGAGGAGGGUGGUGGCACUGGCACUGCGUCGGCAGGGACCCAAAAGGUGAACGUAACCAUUCCUGCAGGGUUGACCUCUAAUAGCAGCCCAUUUGAGGAGACACCUGCUCAGGGGAAUGGCUCUGAGACCCUCUCCACAGCCAGUGGGAAUAUCCAGGACCCAGUCACAACCAACGAGCCCUGGACGUCUGGGAACAGCUCUGGCUCUGCUGGCGACUCCCCACCAUCCCGAGUAACCAUCUGCUUGAGUCGGAUGGACAUCGUUUGGAUUGUUCUGGCCAUAAGUGUGCCUGUGUCCUCCAUCUCCGUCCUGUUGACUGUGCUUUGCAUGAGGAAGAAGAAGAAGUCGACGAGUCAGGAGAACAACCUGAGCUACUGGAACAACGCCAUCACCAUGGACUACUUCAGUAGACAUGCUGUGGAGCUUCCCAGAGAGAUCCAUACUCUGGAGAGCGAGGAGCAUGAAACUUGUCUACCCCCUAAUGGAGACUACAGCGGCAGCAGUGUGGUCCUGGUUAACCCCUUCUGCCAGGAGACCCUCUUCAUCAACAGAGACAAAGCUUCUGUCAUAUAAAACCACUGCUCUCCUC